AUGCCUGCUGCUAAACACAAAUCACCGCAGCUGAAGUCACUACAAACGAAGCUACGCGGACUGCAGACGUCGUUCGGCAAUAUGUGUCGAUUUCUGGAACAGCACCGGGAUGAUACGAAAAUGGCGGAGGUCGACGUACGACUGGAGCAGCUAGAUCGAAUGUGGGACAGAAUGAACGAGGCUAUUAACGACGCUGAUUAUAAGGAUAUGCUAUUGGUUCAUCUUCUAUGUUCGCGCUUGGAUCAUGGCACGCGUAGAGCAUGGGAAGAAUUUUAUUUGUCUAAGGAAUCGGAUACGGUUAAGGAGCUGCUUGAGUUCUUGCAACGUAGAGUCAGAAUUCUGGAAUCAUUGCCUAUCAAGUCCAAUGAACAUAAGGUAGAAUAUACACAGCCUAAACAUCCAAAGGGACCAACCUCGGUUAAGGCAUACAGUGCAUCGAUUCAACAGUCAUCGGGUAGCAGUAAAUGUGUUUGCUGCUCGGAUAAUCACCCUCUCUAUCAAUGCCCAUCGUUUCAAAAAAUGAACGUUUCCGACCGAGAUGCACUACUUAGAAAUCGUUCCCUGUGUCGAAAUUGCUAUCGCCGUGGUCAUCAUGCGAGAGAAUGCAGUUCCAAAUUCACUUGUAAGCAAUGCAAAGGGAAACAUUACACGCUAGUGUGCUUCAAGGGUAAACCAACCGAUGAGAAACCGAACCUAGCUGAAUCCAAAGUGGUCAACUUGGCGACCACUAGCAGGGUGGCCUGCAACGCAGCGGCUGGUUCAUCGACGGGUGUAUUUUUGCUCACUGCGAUUGUCACUCUGGAAGAUGAUCGAGGUGAACAGGUUCAUGCCAGAGCAUUGUUGGACAGUGCUGCGGAAUGCAAUUUGAUCAGCAAUAGAGUGCGGAAACUACUUACGGUUAAGGAACACCGAUGCAUGGUUGAAGUCGUUGGCAUCCAAGGUUUGGCUACCAGGGUCCAGGGCAAAAUUACUGUGAAAGUACAUUCGAGAUUAACGGAUUUCUCUCAGCCGAUGGAUAUGUACAUUCUCCCGAAAAUCGCUGCUCAAAUGACUUCAUCAUCGGUCGAUAUAAACAAAUGGAAACUAGCCAACGGGAUCGAACUGGCAGAUCCAACAUUUUUCAAAGGUGGUUCAGUUGACUUGGUAUUGGGAGCUGAAGCCUUUUUCGACUUUUUUAUAACUGGUCGUAAAAUCCGAUUAGGGGAUACCUUCCCUUCACUGGUGGAUUCGGUGUUUGGCUGGGUUGUUACGGGCAAAUAUUUGGUGGAUAGUCCUAUCAAGUCUGUAAUUAGCGACAUCGCAAUCAGUAAUAAGCUAGAUUCUUUACUGGAAAAGUUUUGGGAAACUGAAGACAUCGGUCAAGAUUACAAUCACUCUCCCGAGGAGGCUAGGUGCAUGGAAUAUUUUACACAAACUACACAACGGCAAGGUUCUGGUCGAUACACGGUGUCCUAUUCGAGGAAUAGUGAGGUGCUAUCCCAGCUUGAUGAUUCGAAAACUAUAGCAGAACGGAUAUUCAUGCAGUUGGAGAGACGUUUAGAACGAGAUCAAAAUCUGCGAGAGCAAUAUGCAGCCUUCAUGAGCGAAUAUGAAUCCAUGGGCCACAUGCAUUUGAUACCCGAUGAACACAAUGCGAACGUUAAGCGAUGCUUCCUCCCACAUCACCCAGUGGUGAAGGAAGACAGCACAACUACUAAGGUGCGGGUGGUGUUUGACGCCUCCGCAAAAACAUCUACCAAUAUUUCUUUGAACGACAGUUUGCUGGUAGGCCCUGUUAUUCAGGAAGAUUUGCGCUCAAUUAUACUUCGGAGUCGUACACGUCAGAUUAUGGUGGUCGCCGACAUCGAAAAGAUGUUUCGGCAAAUCGAAAUUCGCCCCGAGGAUCGGCGGCUUCAGUCCAUUUUGUGGCGUCCCUCACCAAACGUUCCGAUUUCCAUAUACGAACUAGCAACUGUUACGUAUGGCACAAAGCCGGCACCAUUUUUGGCAACCAGGGUACUUGUGCAGUUGGCUUCAGAUGAGCAGCACCGAUUCCCACUGGCCUCGAAAUCAGUUAAGGAGGAUUGUUAUAUGGAUGAUGUGAUAACAGAAGCGAACGAUCCAGAUACAGCUAAAGAACUACGAGUUCAGUUGCAGGAGAUGUUACGCCGAGAUGGAUUUCGGUUGCGGAAAUUUGCUUCUAGUUGUGAGACCGUGCUCGAAGGUUUACCGGCAGAGGACCUCUCUAUACAGGUCGACGAUGAAAUUAAUCUAGAUCCCAUGGUUAAAACGUUGGGUUUAAUUUGGAUGCCGAAGACAGAUGUUUUUCGGUUUCGCUUCCACAUACCGCCUCUGACACCGGACCUACACUUUACGAAAAGGAAAAUUCUCUCAAUAAUAGCCACUUUAUUCGACCCGUUAGGACUUAUCGGAGCGGUGAUUACUCGAGCCAAAUUUUUUAUGCAACUACUUUGGCGUUUGGAAGAUCAAGAGGGGAAUAAAUUGUCUUGGGACUCUCCCUUGCCAACAAGGAUUGAGGCAGCUGAAUUGUUUUCAAAGGUGAAAGAUUCAGUCAGGUGUUUAGUAGAAGUUUUCUUCUGGACUGACUCAACAACAGUGCUACGUUGGUUGCUUGCGACACCUUCAACUUGGACAACGUUUGUGGCGAAUUGCGUGUCCAAGAUUCAAUUGCUGACUGAAAACUGCCAUUGGAAUCAUGUGCCCGGGGAACAUAAUUCGGCUGAUCUUGUGUCUAGGGGAGUUAGGCCAGAAGAUAUUAUCAACAACAACUUAUGGUGGAUGGGACCCGAAUGGCUAUCCAAAGGUACGCAACAUUGGCCGGAACCACAGACGCUGUCACCUGAGAACCUGGGCGAGGAGAAGAUACAUGUGGUGUUGGCGGUGGCUCCACAAAAUCCUAGCUUUUUUGAAUGA